AUGUCUACUGGAAGCUGUGCCUGCGGUGCCAUUGGCAUUAAGACGACUGGAGAUGUCCAAGUGAAGGCUCUUUGUCAUUGUGCGGACUGCAAGAAGAUCACUGGUUCCACAUACUCGACCAACAUUGUUAUUCCAGGCGUGGAGGUGACCAAAGGUUCCACCAAGAAAUGGACCAAGACAGCCGAUUCUGGUAACCCCAUCACCUCUCACAUUUGCGCCGAGUGUGGUACAACACUCUACCGCGAGGGCCCAACUUUUGGAGAUGCCAAGGUGAUCAAGGUUGGAGUAUUGGAUGGUAAUGCUCUUGAGCAAGCCACACCAGGCGUUGAGCUGUACACUAAGGACAGAGUCAGCUGGGUGUCUGCCGUCAACGGUGCGGGACAGAAGGUCGGUAUGCCUGAUAGCGCGGAUGCAUAG